AUGCUCUCACGUGUUGCUGCAGUCAUGGCGCCCCGCACACACAACCGUCGCCGCGUGACCGGAUCCAGCGGGAGGAGGAGGGAAGGAAGAGAGAGUGAGCCGCAGAGGCCCAACAUGUUGCGGCGUUUGUUUACUUCCGCGCUGCUGCUUCUCCUUUUUGUGAUGAUGUGCUGCGGCAAUGGUGUUGAAGCUGAUGUACGGGCGUCAGGCCCAGGAUCUUUACCGAAGACAUAUUUUGUUUGGAGAGACAAGAAAGGUGAAGAAACGGUGAUUUCUCUCCGUGUUCCCAGUCUUGUUGAGGUGAAAGGUGAUGUCUUUGCCGUUGCCGAGGCGCCGUGCAAGAAUGGCGGUGAAAAAGUAUUUACUGGAAUUGCCUCGGAGCUCCUGACAUUGAGUGAUGAAGAAUCAAAAGAAUUGGGUACAAAUGCAGUAAAGACACAAGUGCUGGAGGAAUGUCCAUUUGAUGAGAAAAGCGCCUGCCAUAUAGCGGGUCAGGAUGAUUCCAAAACCCAUACGAGAGUACUUUUGAGCCGACCAACAACAGUUGUGAAGGGAAGUGAUAUUUACAUGCUUGCUGGGAAUUACAGUUGGAAACUUGCCGCUGGUGUUCAGGGAGCUGACGCAGGCGACUGGGGACUCGUGCUGGUGAAAGGGAACGUCAGUAAAGAAGAAAGUCAAAAAAGAAUCUUUUGGAAUGAUACUUACGCUAUCCCGUGGAAUUAUAACAAACAAAAUGAAUCCUUGACGCGUCUAAUUGGCGGCGGUGGAACGGGUGUUAAGAUGAAGGACGGUACGCUUGUGUUCCCAGUGGAAGGCACGAGGAAAAAGACGACGAACAAGGUUGGCACUGAAGAGGAUGAAAAGACCGUAUCGCUGAUCAUCCACUCCUUGAAGGAUACUAAUAGUUGGACGCUGUCGAAGGGGAUGUCUGACGGUGGCUGCAGUGAUCCCUCCGUCGUGGAGUGGGGGGAGAAGGACAAAAAACUCAUCAUGAUGACUGCGUGUGAUGAUGGCCGCCGCAGGGUGUACGAGUCCGGUGACAAGGGGGAGUCGUGGACGGAGGCGCUCGGGACACUCUCGCGCGUGUGGGGCAACAAAAAGAGUGAAGGUGGCGUUAGAAGCGGGUUCAUCACAGCGACGAUUGACGGUGUUGAAGAUAAUAACAGGAAUGUGAUGCUCGUUACUCUGCCGGUGUAUCCCAGGGAGGACAGCAAAAAAGUAACGGACAAUAGAAAGGGAAAACUCCAUCUUUGGCUGACGGACAAUACGCACAUUGUUGAUAUUGGGCCGGUAUCUAAUGAUGAUGAUGACGCUGCUGCCAGCUCCCUGUUGUACAAAAGUGGGAAAAGUGAAGAUAAGAAGGAGGAGUUGAUCGCACUGUACGAGAAGAAGAAGGGCGAUGGAAAAAAACCAUCACCCGGUAUGGUCUCUGUGCUUCUGACUGAGCAGCUGCAGCGUGUGAAGGAUGUGCUGGCGACGUGGAAGGAAGUGGACGGACGUGUCUCCAAGCUUUGCUCCUCAAGUGCUGAGGAGAGUGCCCCACCUAACACUGCCUGCAGCGCUGCCAUGCCGACGGAUGGGCUGGUUGGCUUUUUGUCGGACAACAUCUUUGGAAAUACAUGGAAGGACGAGUACCUCGGGGUGAACGCCACAGUAAAUAAGAAAGAUGGGGAAACAGGGGAGACAGGGGCAAAAAAGACUUCCGAUGGUGUGAAGUUCCAUGGUGCGUGGGCGGAGUGGCCCGUUGGCGAGCAGGGGGAGAAUCAGCCGUACCACUUUGCGAACUACAACUUCACUCUUGUGGCGACGGUGUCCAUCGACGGCGUGCCGAAGGAGGGUUCUCCCAUUUCUUUGUUGGGUGCGAAGUGGAUUGACGAUAAUAAUCCAGUACUUCUGGGACUGUUGUACAACAAAGAAAAGAAGUGGCAGGUGCUGUGCGGUGGCGGAACUCCUAAGGAGCCCAGCAGCACAUCGGAGGCAACAACACACCACGUGGUAAUUUUGUUACGGAACGGCACCCAAGGCUCCGCGUACGUCGAUGGUCGGCGUGUAUUGGGAGAUGCAGAAUGUGAUUUGAAAAAUACGAAAGAUAAAAAGAUCUCCCACUUCUACAUUGGAGGGGAUGGAAACAGUGCGGGCGGCGUCUCAGAUGUCCAAGACGUCUCUGUGACGGUGACGAACGUGUUGCUGUACAACCGCCCGUUGGAUGACAGUGAGAUUAAUGCGCUUAACACAAAACUUUCUAUUCCAAAAGCAAAAGAUGCAAAAACAGUGAAGGUUACUCCACCAGAGGCAAGUAAACAAGCUACGCCGGAAGCCGGAACUCCGUCUGGUCUUGGCGGGCAACAGCGGACUGAACAGGAUUCGUUGAAGAAAAGUGACGAUGCGGGGAGUGGCGGUUUAUCCACGUCAGCGGUGUCCAGUGUCACGAAUUCCCCAGCAGCCAAAGAGUCCGAAGACCAGUCAGCGUCGGGAACAUCUCCCGAAGGACAUUCGAAUGUGGAUGUUGAUUCUUCGUCCGAGGGAGUUCAAACGGUGGAUGCCGAAACUGGAGACACGGUGCAGGGAGAUGGAACACAACAACCGUCAGUGGGCACUCCCGCCACAGCAGAUACAAAUGCCCCUACCGCUGAAACCAUGGCGCACGAUGGAACCGCCGUGACACCUGAGGUGGGAGGGCACUCUGCUGCGAGUGGGGAAAAGGUGGGAGGGACGGAUGGUCAGAAAGGGGAAGAUCUCCAUGCACGGGACGGUGAAGUAAAGGCUGCGGCACUCAACAGCAGUCUCGGAAAUGUGUCGCAGGGGAAUAACAGCGAUGCCGGCACUGUGCGUGGGAGCGGACUGCUGCCGCUGCUCCUUCUGUUGGGACUGUGGGGUUUAGCGGCUCUGUGA